CUUCUCCUCCUAGUGGAGGCAAUGGUGGAAUAACGCCUGGAGAAAACCUCACGCCUUCUCUCUCACUGUAUAAAGGUGUUUUUUUGGCGCAUGUAGGCGAAGUUACAGUUCAUCUAAAAUGUCGUCCUGGCCGAAAUCAUCCGCAGGUUCGCGGCGGGCUCCACCGAACCCGAACGGGAGUGCCCAGAAACGUCGGUUUCGGAGAGGAGCCCCUUACCCGGGCAGAGGAGACGAGAGGGGCGAUGAGCUGAAGGAUGUUCUGGACAGCUAUGAAGAACGAGAGCAAAUUCAAAACUUCACUGGAAGUGUAAAGUUUGAGGGAUUCAAGCAUCAGUCCAAUGCCAAACCAGAGAACUCCACUCCAGCAGACAGACGUAAAACCCUGUACCAGAAGUUCUACAGACAAGUGCAGGAGGAGAGGAAGCCGCCCGACUGUGUGGUCAUGUCCGUCACCAACCAGUGCCUGGAUUACCCCAAAUCGCUAAGCCAGUGCUUGCAGGAGCGUGGCCUGUCAGUGGAAAUGCUCUACCUUCAGGCGGAGACGGGCCUGACCCGGGCCCUGCAGGACGUCCGAGCAGAAGGCUCCCCGUUAUGUAUUCUGGUGGAGCAGACAAACAUAGCUCUGUCCUCCUGCACUGUUAUCAUAUUCUCAGACUCCCUCAAAAUCCAUCGCAACAUGCCCAAAGACCAGGCCAUGGAGUUUGUUUCAGCCGAGCACAGCCGGGGACUCGUCAAAGAGCGCCCGCCGAGGGACCCUGCCGACAUAGCAGCACAGGCGUCGCAGCUGCUGGAUGAUUUUCUAGAUCGAGAGAAGAUGGAGCGCCACAGUGUUCCCACCGAUACACGCACGCUCCUCACGCUGUUAGCUGAGGGGGUGCAUCUCUACCCCGAGGAGCUGGAAACCAUCUCAGAGUACGUCAGGUCUCGACAGGAGCACAUCCAAGCCUCCAACAACGAGGGGGAGAAAGGGAGCAUGUUACCUCCAGGACUGGGGAAACCACCCCCUCUGCUCCCCACGCCGCCUGGACCCCCUCAGCCUCAGCCUGGAGACGGGCCCAUGAUGGACCACUCCCCUCCUCCACGCCCACCUCUCCUGCCUUCACCAGGUUCAUAUCCCAAAACCAAACCUCCACCGCUUCUGUCCUUGCAUGGGCUUCCUGGUCCAUCUCUACGAGGCCCUCCACUCCAGCACAACCUCUUCAACGGCCCCCCCGGGACUCGAGGGCCCCUAUUGCACCAUCCUCCUUUAUUUCACCCAGGUCCCAGGGGCUCUCACAAUAUUCGAGGCCCCCCUCCCUCCCUAAAGAGUGCCCGUCCUCCACUUCUCUCUUCUCCAGGUCCCCCUCUCCCACGACUGAGUGGCCCCCGACACUAAGAACAGAGACACACAUGCAGUGUUACACAUGCAGACUACCAGCAGUCUUUCAUUUGACCUAACUCUAGAAAAGAAGACUCCUGGCCUCUGCGUAGGAUUCCUCUUGUGACCUUGAGAAAAAGUAGAAAAGAAGGUAUUUAAUGUCUGACAUCAUCGUCUUGUUAUUGUGGACGGAUUGACAGCGGACACCAUGGAGUAUUCUGAAGAUGAUGUACAUGAUGAAAGUGUUCUAACGUCACUGUCAUUCUUGUUUUUGUCUAACCCCAAACUCUUAAAUCCACCCUGAAAUAACCAUGUUCCAGUUGGUCGUUUUAUCCUUUGUGGUGUUGGUCCCGGUCACGACCUGCGCAGGGUGAACAUUUACUGUCAAAUGCACAAAGAAUCCUGGAUAACUGGUUCAUAUUUAUAAAAAACAAACAGGCUAAAGCUGUUGGUGGUCACAUGAUGGCAGUGGGACAUUGACUUGUUCUGUAAAUUAUGAAUAUAAAUAUGUUGUUCACUGUUGUAAACAGUGUUUCAAGAUGGUGCUUCAAAUUUCAAGGAUUCUCCCGAGGAGAGAAAUCCAAUAAGGAGUUGAACGUGUGUUUGUUUGUAAGCUGUGUUCUUGCCUCGGAUUUUUUGUCAAACUUUAUUUUUUGACAUCAAGAUAGAAAAAAGUUGAAUGGCUCCCAGUCUACAGUUGCAUAUACUUCUUAUGGCACCUUUCACGACAAAUCAACAUAUAUUUUAAUUUAUUACCUUCAGUUGUAUUUUCUUUACUUUGAUGCUUUGUUCAAGUGGCAGAAAGAACACAGAGCUGAGUGCGGAGGCUCCCUCUGAUAUCUGGAGUUUUUGGAAUCUUUGUUUUGUCAAACCAGCUUAAAAAAAACCCAGAUGUUUUUGUUACAUGGAAGCAAAGAGGCAGCUGUUUGCCAGGAUAAAAUAAAGGAAGACGAACUUUGUGUAUUUUCUCUGUCAUUAAUUUAUGCAAAAACCGAGUGAACAAAUAUCCUUUCUCUGCAGUAGGAACCUAAUUCUGUUGACUAAAAGGAUUAAAACGGUUUUUCAUUCAUUGUUCAUCAGCUCUUCAGUUAAAUGUUUCUGUUUAAAUUAGUUGAGAUUAUCAUAUUGAUCUUUGCUUGUUCUAAUAAUUGGGAAAAACUAACGACUUAACUCCUUAACAUCAUUUUAACACUUUAUUUCUGUCUUUGUGCUGUUGAUUAGUUUUAUUUAUUUUUGUCUCAUUGCUCGAGUGUGUAGCAUUUUCAGAUUUUUUGGAGUUGUGAAUAAUCAUUGUGCGGCGCUUGUGAACUGAAUCCCAGCUCGUACUCAACACACGUCUGUUUGUUACUCUGCCGGUGACACAUCCUCUGUGCGUGUGGAAGAUUUCUCUCCAGGGCCGUGAACCCGUGUUGGGAAACCGCCCACGUUUAGUUUGAACCAUCAGAGUGUGAAAGAUCAUCGCUUACACAACAGAGAGCAGAGAUCUGUGAGGGGGGGGAAAACAACUUUUCUUUUAAACUGCUCAACAUUUUGUCCAGUUUUGUAGAUAAUUUUCAAAUCCUGUAUUCUCUUUCUUUUUUUUUUAUAAAAACAAUAUAAAGUGUAAAUGUUCAACAAC